GUUGAAGAUUUGAUUUGAAACAGAGUUAGGGAAGUAAAAAUAGUGAAAAUGUUGGAUUUAAUACAACAGCUUUGUUAUGCCAAGAGUGCUAAUUCUGGAGUGCAAAUAUUUUUAACACUGAUACAAGUGUUCAUGGCCAUACCAUGUUCUGUACUAUCUUCUCAAAUGUGGCCAGAAGACUAUGGAGAAAUCGCAUUGAAAGAAGGUUUACAGAAAUAUAGCUUCAUCGUUGUUGGUUCUGGUUCUGCUGGAGCCAUAGUCGCAAGUCGAUUGAGUGAAGUGAAGAAUUGGACAGUUUUGUUGCUUGAAGCUGGCGGUGAUCCACCAAUUGAAUCUGAUAUACCUGGAGAAUUUUUCGCCAUGAUGAGAAGUCAAGUCGAUUGGAAAUUUUAUGAUAAUUCUUCACUCGUUUGUAAAUCAAAAUUUCGUCCAGAGUGCACCUUACCAAGAGGAAAAAUGCUUGGUGGUAGUUCUUCAAUGAAUUACAUGAUCUAUUUUCGUGGAACUAAAGAAGAUUUCAAUGAAUGGGCUGACCUUGGUAAUAUUGGUUGGGAUUACGAAAGUGUUUUACCGUACUUCAAAAAAUCCGAAGGCAAUCAAAACGAAACUAUAGUUGCAUAUCAGAAUGAGCGCUAUCAUAAUGCAAACGGUCCAGUGAAGAUUUCAUCCGGUACUGCAUCCGAAUAUCAUGAAGCAGUGAUUGAUGCCUUAGUAAAAAAUGGUUUCGACUAUGUUUCUGAUUUGAAUGCCGACAAAGAGACCGGAUUUACCUUGUUGCAAUCAACAAGUGCUGAAGGGCAUCGAAGUAGUACAGCAAAAGCAUUCUUAGCACCAGCAAAGAAUCGUAAGAAUUUGCACAUCAUCAAAAAUGCUUUUGUGGACAAAAUCCUUUUGAAUAGUAAAAAUGAAGCGUAUGGUGUGGAAUUUACAUACAAAGGAAAACACAAAAUGCAAGCUUUCGCUGAGAAAGAAGUAAUUGUUUCAGCUGGUGCGAUUCAAAGUCCUACUCUCUUGAUGCGUUCAGGUAUUGGACCAAGAAGUCAUUUGGAAGAGAGAAACGUGUCUUGCAAAGUGGACUUACCGGUUGGAAAAAAUUAUAUCGAUCACGUAUUCGUAUUUUUGAAUUAUGCAGUGAAUUUUAGUAGUUUGGCAUCACCAAUAUCACAAAAUUCCGAAUCGCGCAGUACUCCAGUUUUGUUUUUAUCUGGACGCACUGACAUAACAAACGGUACUGGGUCGCCUGAUAUUCAAUUAUAUUACAUUCCGUUGCCACGUGGAACUUCAUCAAGUAUCAGUAAUAUUAAUACACCUUUGAAGAGUAAAAAAGAACUAUUGCAAGAGAAUGACGUACUUUUUAUUGUCAUAUCAUUAAAUAAACCGAAGGGGCGUGGUAAAAUCGAACUGGAUGAGUGUGUCACAUGCGAAAGUCCAAUAAUUCAUACAAACCAUUUGAGUGAUCCACGUGACAGAGCAAAGAUAUUACGAGCAAUAAAACAACAAGUGAAUUUACUUAAGACAGAACCAUUUAAAAAGCUCGAACCAAAAUAUAUUCGAAUUCCAAUUGAAGAAUGUGAUGAAAUCGAGUUUUCGUCGGAUCUUUAUUGGGAGUGUAUGAUGAAUUAUACCAGCCUUCGAGGUCAACAUCAAGUUGGCACUAGUAAAAUGGGAACUGACUCAACCUCUGUCGUUGAUCCACGAUGCAAAGUUCAUAAUGUUCAAAAAUUGAGACAAAUUGAUGCCGGAGUUAUACCGGUACCUAUAAAUGCUAAUACAAAUGCCGUAUCGAUGAUGGUAGGCGAAAAAGGCGCUGAAAUGAUUAAAGAAGAUUAUGGUAUAACGAAAUAAAUGAAAACUGUUAUCAAAAAAUCGAAUUAAAGAUUAAAAUUCAACAAUUUA